CGACAUCGCGGCACUGAUCGGGAGUUCCAAUUGAAUAAAAAAUAAAAGUGGGAAAUUAUUUAGUGAGUUUAAUGUGUGCCGAAGGAAUGUCGAUAUGAUUACUAUGAAGAGUCGAGUGAAAUUGUUACUAUUGCUGACAUCAAUCAUACAUGUACAAUGUUACUUCGAAAAUCAGCCCAAAAUUUUGUCCAACGAUGGUCAUCUCAUCAUUGAAUCGGCUGUGGACCGAAAUAUAUCGUUUUUCCUGAGAGGAAACGGUUACCUGAACGUGGGGGACUUCAGCUUGGGUAAGAUGAUCCAGAGUCUUGCCAAUGUGUCAUCGUUGUCCCGUGAUAUCCCCAUCGGUGAAGAUAGCGCUCAGCUUCAGAAUCUUAUCGACGUCGUAAAGGGACCUUUUGGCUUGAUAAAACGCGUUACCGCUCUGGAAAAUGGAACAACUGAAUCCAAUGGAGGAAGAGAUCGGGGUCGAUUGAAUAAUAUCAACCGACGUCUGGGUGCUCUGGAACGCAAGGUUAACAACAUGAUAACGAAAUUGCGGGAGAAUAACUGCAAAACAAGUCCCUGUCAGAACGGAGGUACGUGCAUCAGUCUAUAUGAUUCGUUUGUUUGCCAGUGUCCAAGGAAUUGGGAGGGCCCAACAUGCGCCAACGAUGUGAAUGAAUGCUCGGAGUUCGCCGGCACUGAUUUGGGAUGCCAAAAUGGUGCCACCUGUAAGAACACACCCGGGAGUUACAGUUGCAUUUGUGCAAGUGGAUGGCAGGGGAUCCAUUGCAAUAGUCGAACCAAGGAUUGUAUGUCCUCCGGAAAUGAGCUAUGCGGGCAUGGUACGUGUGUUCAGAUAAGGGAAGACCCCGGCUUCAAAUGCAUAUGUGAGCAAGGCUGGAAAACAAACGGCGUCACUCCGGCUUGUUCCGUGGACGUUGAUGAAUGUUCUGAGAGUAAGCCGCACUGCUCCAAGGAUCCAGAAGUUAGUUGUAUCAACCUGCCAGGCUCAUUCGUUUGCGGAAGUUGUCCUCCUGGCUAUUCAGGUAAUGGAUUCUACUGUGUGGAUAUUGACGAGUGCCAAACCAACAACGGUGGAUGCAGCACGUCCCCAUCCGUUUCGUGUAUUAAUUUGAGGGGAACAUAUAAAUGUGGGAGCUGCCCGCCUGGAUAUACGGGUGAUGGUAAGACGUGUAUUGUGAAAAGUAGCAGAUGUUCGCCAGGACUGUGUCAUCCAAUGGCUCGAUGUGUGGAGUAUAUUGUCGGUGUUGCGAACUGUGUUUGUUUACCAGGCUAUCAGGGAUCAGGUAUUGGUCCAAAUGGGUGUGUGAGAAUGCCUACGAAUCCAUGUGCCUUCAAUCCGUGCAAGAACGGAGGAACAUGUACUCCAAAUGGUAGCAACUAUACCUGCAGCUGUCCACCGGGAACAGCCCAACCUAACUGUAUUCGAUUUGUUACACCCUGUGUGCCCAACCCAUGUUUCAACGGCGGAACAUGUGCCCCAUUCAUGGACCGAUAUUAUUGUUCUUGCCCAACGGGUUACACCGGGAUUCGUUGUCAAGGUGCCUCUCGGUCAUGCGGUGGUAUACUCGAUUCUUAUUCUGGAAUUCUACGGUACCCAGUUGAUAAUGGAACCUACAAUCACAACUCGAGAUGCGCAUGGUUGCUCAAAACUAAUCAUACAAAGAUUCUGAAUGUUACAUUCACGCAGUUCCACGUAGAAGAUGCGAUUUCUUCUGGAGAAUGCAAGUUCGAUUGGUUACAGAUUCACGAUGGAAAAACCUCAGCGGCACACAACAUCGGCAGAUUCUGUGGUAACCAACUCCCCAACGGGGGUAAUUUAUUGUCUACGCACAAUUUCCUAUACCUCUGGUUCCGGUCUGACAACAGCACGGCUCACGAUGGAUUCGAGCUACACUGGGAAAGUAUAGACCCUAUCUGUGGGGGCGAAAUAACGGUGAAAAGUCACGGAAUUCUUGCUUCACCCGGGUCGCCAGGAAAUUACCCACCUAAUAGGGACUGCAAGUGGUAUCUCACAGCACCGCCUGGAAAACGACUACAGUUCCACUUUUAUACGAUGAUGUUGGAGUCACACAAUUCUUGUGAGUUUGACUAUGUUCAGAUCAACGACGGAUUGCGUGAUGACGCGCCUAUGUUGGUGAAGUAUUGUAAUACAUCCCACCCGGAACCAUUGGUAACACCUAGUAACGAAGCGACAAUUUAUUUCCAUUCGGAUGAAGAUCGGAGUGAUGCUGGCUUCCAAAUCAGCUACGCACUAAUCGAAGGAAUUCCAGGUUGUGGCGGAACAUUCACGAAGCCAGAAGGAGAGAUAAACUCUCCGAGGGGCAACAACGAUAAUCUUUACCCGCAUAAUUUGAACUGCGAAUAUUUGAUUCAGCUGCCGGUAGGCACCAGGAUAGAGAUUAAUUUCAACCGAUUCCACCUGGAAGCCAGCGACUCUUGUAAAUUCGAUUACUUGGAGUUGUUUGAUGGACGAAGUCCUGAGGACCCUUCGCUUGGGAAGUACUGCGGAAAUGAGCUACCGCCUGUGUUCACAUCAAGCGCGAAUAAUAUCCUUUUCAAAUUUCGCACGGAUUGGUCGACUUCGCAUGGUGGCUUCUCGUUGAAUUACAAUGUGCAAUGUGGUGGCGUUUUCACUAACCCCGACGAAGAGAUCACCAGUCCAGGAUAUCCAAAGCCGUAUACGGCCAAUCAACAGUGUGACUACCUUAUCCAAGCUCCCGUUGGAAAAGCGAUUUUAUUGGACUUCUCUGAUUUCGACAUCGAAGGCAAUUCAUAUCCGAGUUGCGACCUGGAUUAUGUACAAAUUUUCGAUGGAUAUGAACCCAAAAACAAUAGUGUUAUUGGUCGAUACUGCAGCGCUAAACCACCGCCGAGAGCCGUGUCAACGCUGAACGUGAUGCUCUUACGAUUCGUAUCUGACCUUUCUAUCAGCGGAAGAGGUUUCAAAGCGAAUUAUUCCCUCAUCGAUGUCUCGUGUGGCGGUGUGAUCACCUCUGAAGAAACAAUGAUACGAUCCCCUUCGAGUUCAGACAGAGGAACAUAUCUUCACGAUUUGGACUGCAAGUGGUUGAUCGUGGCACCCAAAACGCAUGCCAUUCAACUGUCGUGGAACAGUUUCGAGCUGGAGAAGAGUACCACCUGCACAUAUGACUUCGUAGAGAUCUACGAUAAUUCAUCGCAAACUAACGGAUUCGUGGGCAGAUACUGUGGACUCAACAAACCACCGGCAAUUACGAGUUCUGGUAAUUUGCUGACAAUUCGAUUCAAAACGGACAGUUCGAAUUCGAAGAGUGGAUUCAGUUUGUCCUUUACAUUCUUGGAUGUAAGAAAAUUGUGUGGUGGCAGUUUCUACACAGCAGAAGGCGUUCUGAGGUCACCCGGGUUCCCGAACGAGUAUACUUCCGAAAAAGUUUGUGAGUGGAUCAUCACGGUUCCCAUGGGGCAGCAAAUUCGACUUAACGUGAAAAGUUUCAUCAUGGAAAAACAUCACAACUGUAUAUUCGAUGGAUUGGAAAUUCGUAACGGUGGUACGGCCAGCUCUCCGCUGAUCGGAAAAUAUUGCGGAACGGACGAUUUCAAUGGGUUGAUUUCAUUCAGUAAUAAAUUGUAUUUGAGGUUUUAUUCAGAUAGAUCUCGAAAUUACGCAGGCUUUGAGAUAGAAUGGGAUGGAACUGCAACCGGAUGUGGAGGUGUGCUAAACUCGCACAGAGGAUCAAUCAUUUCACCCCACUAUCCUGAACCCUACGGCACCAAUGCUGAGUGCUCGUGGAGAAUAAGUAUAAGCGCGGGCUCUUCGAUUCAUAUCGUGUUCACCGAUUUAGAACUAGAGAGUCAUUCGAACUGUAGAUAUGAUUACUUGGAAAUAUACGACGGUCGUGAUGUAUCUGGCAAAAAUUUGGGCCGAUUCUGUCAUAUCGAUACUGAUCCCAUCCAGCUGAAUACAGAGAGCAAUCAUGCGUAUGUACUCAUGAGGAGUGACGACACUAAUCAAGGAAGAGGAUUCAGCCUGAAAUAUAACAUUCUCUGUAAGCGAAAUAUAACUGGCUUCGAAGGAGUCAUUGAAUCGCCCAACUUUCCGAACAAGUAUCCUAGCACUAUAGAUUGUUUGUGGACGAUAUCAGUCCCACCAGGGAACAAAAUAGACAUCGAAUUUUCCCACUUUGAAUUGGAGAACAAUCUGCUGUAUGAAAAUAAUAAAUCACAUGUUUGCCACUUCGAUUAUAUAGAUAUCAUCGAGCCCGAGGAUGAGCGUUCGUUGUCCACAAGAUAUUGUAACCAAAUGCCCGCGAAAAUGACCUCCAAAGGUUCGUCUGUGCAAAUUGCCUUCCACACGGAUGCUAGCAGUGAAAAGAGUGGCUUCAGACUAGAAUGGCACAUCAAUGGAUGUGGCGGGAUACUCACCAAACCGAAUGGAUUCUUCUCGUCACCCAACUAUCCCAAUGAAUAUCCGGCGAAUACGCAGUGUCACUGGACACUUUCCAUGCCGCCAGGCUACAGAAUAGAGCUGGCGAUAUACAAUUUCAAUAUGGAGUCAUCAGGCCAGUGUCGGUACGAUGGCCUCACUAUAUCGAACACGGAAGAUUUCCAACAAGUGAUCACGACCAUUUGCCACACACAGAAAGAUCCAAUAAAACUCACGAGUACAGGGCAUAUGCUGUAUGCUAAAUUUUUCAGUGAUCAUACGUAUACCUACAAGGGUUUUAUGGCUACCUAUACGAUGAUUCCAUCAAACUGCGGUGGUGUUCUGACGUCUCAUCAAGGAUUCAUCUAUUCUCCGAAUUAUCCCAAAAAUUAUCCGAGCAAUCAAUCUUGUGAGUGGACUAUUAGAACCGAUCCCGGCUAUACACUGCAGUUCCACAUUGAGGACAUUGGCAUGGUGAACACAGGAAAUUGCUCGAAGGACUACGUUCAAGUUUUUGAUGGUUCAGAGCAAGGCAACAGCAAACUGUUGAAUACUUACUGUGAUAGCGAAAAUAUAACUUCGUCUGUUUCCAGCGGGAAUCAGUUACUGGUCGUGUUCCAUUCGGAUCAAUCACUGGAGGCUAAAGGAUUCCGUGCAAAUUAUUCCACCAACUGUGGGGCCGCCGUAAAUGUCACGCAAGCGGGAAUUAUUUCGUUGGAAAACACCUACAAAAUAAGGUCCGAGAAUUGUACCUGGAUUCUAUCGGCGGAUGACCUGACGCGACACGUCACGCUCCAGAUCAUGCACAUGAACGUGGUCGAGGUGGACGGGAACUGUUUGGCAAAUUUGACCAUCCACGAUGGAAAUGGUAUCGAUGCUCCCAUCCGCUACAAUGGAUGCGGUAGUAAAAUACCCCCCGCCAUCGUCAGUAACGGGAACACACUCACAGUACACAUAACAUCCGAGGACUACAACUUGUACAACGUAAUGGGAAUGCAGUUUGUUGCUAGCUAUAUGGUGAUGGAUAACGUCUGCGGAGGAGAGCUCACAUCGUUCGCAGGUGAAUUCGCCUCUCCAAACUAUCCGAAUUCUGCUCCAAUGAACGUGGAAUGCGUCUGGCAGUUGAACGCAUCCCCCGGCAACAAGCUUCAGCUUUACGUUCAAUCGUUGAAUAUACUAGAGUCAGAGCAUUGCAAUACCGAUUACCUAGAGGUUCGGGAUGGCGUUGGGAAGCUGAUCGCAGACUACUGUGGCGAUAAUCCGACCAUCAAUCUUACUUCGUCGAACAGUUUCUGGGUCAAGUUCAGAACAAGUGAUCAGGGAGUGUCGAAGGGAUUCCUCGCGGAGUAUUCAUAUGAACAUUCCAACGAAGUUACUGGCAGAGAAGGGACAAUUGCAUCUCCUAUGUAUCCACGCGAUUAUGCGAGAAAUGAAGUUCAUUCGUGGAGAAUCAUUGUUGACGUUGGAUCUAUUAUUUCGAUGAAGUUCGACGCGUUCGAAAUCGAUGCGAAAUUUUACGAAUCAUGCGACGGACAGCUUGAGAUCUACGACGGUUAUGACGACUCGGCGGAACCACUGAAGGCGGAACUUUGUGGCCUAACAGCGCCGGAACCAUUCAAGUCGACCUCCAAUGUUGUUUUCAUUCGGCUCGAUCAUACGGAUGCUAACGGACCUUCCAGAUUUUUGCUGAACUGGGAACAGAUAGGAAAAUCGGAACAACCCGUUUACACAUCCAAUGUUGAUUACUUCUGCGGAGGUUACCAGAAGGUUAUAGUGUUGAACGACAGUGACUCGACCUACAAUCUCACAUCACCAGGAUAUCCCAAUGGGUACUUGACAAACUUGAACUGCAGUUGGAUUUUUCAGUCAGCGAUAUCGACUUUCCAUCCAUUCCUACAGUUGAACUAUGUUGAUUUGGAGGAAACCAAUGAAUGCUUAUCGGAUUAUUUGGAUAUUUCGACGUCGCCUGAUAUGCUCACAUGGUCCAAAUCGGACGUAAUAUGUACAUAUGGUUACAAAAUUAAAUCUUCAUUCCACGGAAAACCAUUUUUGAAGGUGGUAUUCAGAACGGAUUACUUUAACAAUCGUACCGGAUUCACAGGUAAGGUAUCCCUGCGAUGCGGCGGGGUAGUAACGGAACCAAAUGGUGUCAUUGAAGUGCCAUCCAGAGCCACACUCUACGGAAACGUUAACAGUCGUGCUUACGACCCUGUAUGUAUGUGGAAUAUUACUGUCCGCCCAGGGCGGGUUAUAGAGCUCCAGUUUGAGGUCCUUAGAAUCUCCAAACCACCAUCCGAAGGAUGCAUCGGAUUCGUUUCGGUUAAGAAUGGAAUGGAUGAAUUUUCUCCAUCAUUGGGGACGUUCUGCGGUAAUGAACUACCGGGGAAGGUCACUACGUCAAGCAAUAGGGCUUUCGUGAAAUUUGACAGCAAUCAGGUUACGUCAAAUGAAUUCCGGGUCGUUUAUCGAGAAGUAGGCCCACAAUGUGGGGGACAAAUACUGUUGACGAAAAUAAACUCGACCGUGGUAGCUACGCCAAACUUCCCAGAGAUACCACAUCCACACACGGAAUGUGUUUGGACGGUAAUGGCUCCAUCAGGCGAAAUCAUGAAGUACAGUUUUGAGCGAUUAAGUUUGAGAUACUCAGUUGGAUGCUCGAGUGAGUACGUGGAGUUGAGAGAUGGCGGUACAUCCAGCUCAAAAUCACUGCUCAAAUACUGUGGCCAUGAUUCGUAUCCCUCGCAAUUGACAACUUCCAAUGUUUUGAGAAUCCAUUAUUUCACCGAUAAUUCUGACCCUGGAAAUGGAUUCAAGCUACGGGUAUCACUUGCACAAUGCGGAGGCUCUAUUCGGGCCCCAAGCGGAACCAUUCAAUCGAAAAAUUAUCCUCUUCCCGGAGGAUACCCUAUGAACACUGUGUGCGAAUAUUAUAUCUAUGGUAGUUUAAAUACAGUGCUGAAUAUAACAUUCGAAGAUAUUCACCUUCCCACUGUUACGAACUGCUCGCUAACUGAUAAUAUCCAAAUAUAUAGUGUGAUUCCAGGAGAAAACUUUACAGACACAUUGAUUGGAACGUAUUGUGGUACAAAUGAUCCAUCGCCAAUAGUAACUGAAAACAAUCAAGCGAGAAUUGUUUUCACCACAUUCAACACAAGACCAAUCAAUCGUGGAUUCAAACUAACGUUCAGUUCUUCCAGCACUCCGUGUGGUAGUGAAAUCAACGCACCGUCCGGUGAAAUCGCAAGUCCCGGAUAUCCUGACAACGGGUUGAAAUUCAAAAAAUUCUGCGAGUGGAAGAUCACUGUCCCCGAGGGAAGACGAGUGAAGAUUGAGUUCAUCGAUCUGGAUCUAUCUACGUAUGGUGUAAGUUAUCUGCAGCACCUUGUUUUCUACCAUGGGUUCGAUCACUCAGCACGCAUAAGGUACGUUACGGCUGGGUACGACAAGCAACCGAUUUACUCCAGCAACAAUAAAAUGCUCAUCAAUUUCUGGUCCCGUGUAUCUUCGGGACAUAGAGGAUUCAAGUUGCGUUUCAGUAGCGACGAGCCAUCGAUUUGCGUUGGUAAUCUAGGUGGUUCCGAGGGAAUAAUUGCCACUCCGAUCAAUCAGACAAGCUACUUGUGCGAAUACAGUCGAACGACGGCUUCAUUUUUCGAUACAUCCAAACGGAUAGGAACUCUCGCUAUGCAUUUCAGUGACAUGAAGGCGGGACCAUAUCUUAGCCCAUGUGCCCUAAACACUAGAGGCAUCUUCGUCAAACGCGGCAAUAGUCCAACCUAUCUGAAAAAAUACUGCGGCGAUGGAACGGAAGCCGAUGUGGUCAGGUCUCCGUUCCCUGAUGUCUCAAUCCUAGCCCGGCAGGGUGUUUUCCUGGGCGAGGUGAGAUUUAAACUGGAAUAUCGAGUUCAUACUUGUGGAGGAAUGUUCGGAAGUGAGCUAAAAAGCCUUAUGCUACCCGAUUUGCUGAAUAAAACUGGUCCCCUGGAGUGUGCCUGGUAUGUGGAAUAUCCAGAGAACACCAUGAUCAACAUUGAGUUUGCCAACUUCCGCCUGAGUCAAUCCUGUGACGAAGAGUACCUACUGAUAUACAAUGGUCCUACCGCAAUGAGCCCUCUUUUAGGACGCUACUGUAGUGGCGCGGGUGUUGAGCCUAUUUCAACUCAGGGACGACAUGUCUUCAUAGAGUACCACUCGGGAAACGUGACCCGCAGUGGCAGUUUUGAACUCAAAAUGUCCCAGAUGGUAGCUGGAUGUGGCGGAACGCUGUAUAAAAGUACAGAUGUUUUCGGAUCACCAAGCGUGAACGGCAAAUACCAAUCAAACACGGAAUGCGUUUGGACGAUCCGUGCCAAUAAUGGUUUUCAUAUCGGGUUCAGCUUUGUUGGAAGGUAUAACAUCGAAAAAAGUGUAAACUGUUCCAAAGAUUACGUUGAAAUUUUCGACCGUAAAGGGGAUGAAUGGAUGAGCUUGGGGCGAGUCUGUGGAAAGGAAAUCCCUAGUACCUACAACUCGACUGGAUCCAUGAUGAGAGUGUUGUUCCGAUCAGACGAUACAGUCGAAGGAGAUGGAUUCACGAUAAAAUGGGAACAGAACUGCGGCGGAAUCUACCCGGUUGAGCAGGAAACUGGCAUAAUAACUAGUCCUAACUAUCCACUGAACUACGACCGUAUGACCACAUGUAACUAUACCUUCCUGACGAAGGAGAAGGACACCUUUAUCAGUUUGAACUUCCUCGAUUUUUCACUCGAGAAUGGUCCACAAACGUCGAUCUGUAUCUAUGAUAACGUCACAAUUUAUAAACAAAUGGAAUAUAGCGACCCACUGGUUUGGGAGAAAGUCGGAACCUAUUGUAAACAAAACUCACCUGGAAGCAUGAGGAUCAAAAAUCGGGCCGCAAUUUUGUUCCGAAGUGACCGAUGGUUAGAAUCACGAGGCUUCAAAUUCGAAUAUAAACUCAAUAAGUGUGGCGGUUUAAUCACCAAAUCAAAACGGAUAGAAAAUCCCGAAACGUUCAGCGCAACGAGUGGCUUUGGAAAUGGUAUAAGCUGCAUAUGGAAUAUAACAAUUCCGGACGGGAAAAAGGUGGUGAUUCGUUUUGAAGAGCUUGAGCUCGACCACUCCGAUAUGUGUUAUUACGAUUAUGUGCAUGUGUACAAAGGUCUUGAACGCACGUCGGACCAAAAAUUGGCAUCAUUGUGUGGAAAUUUAACCGGCCAUGCACCGGCUAUCACCAUAAAAGGAGGUCACGGCGUUGUCCACUUCAAUUCGGAACAAUAUACACCCAGCAAUCCUCGAUUCUCGGCGCUCGUACUAUUCGCAGACGAUUGCGACCGCGAGAUAACACUUGAUCAGAGUUCUAGAACAUACAAUCUGUCAUCAUCGAGCAGUGACAACAACAAAGUCCAGGACUGUCAGUUCAUAUUCAAAGCACCCGAUGGGUUCGGGGUUCAACUAUCAUUCGAUCUGUUUCACAUGGAAAUCUCAGCGAACGCCAGCGGUUGUACGGAAAACUUCAUCGAAGUGCGUGAUGGUUUGGGACCGUUCGCAGAACUUAUUGGAAAGUAUUGCGGUCACACCAAACCACCCACAGCAAGCACCUUCAGUUCGUCAAUGUACCUACGAAUGGUUACUGAUUCUUCACAGCGGGGAAAAAGCUUCAAGGCGGUGGUUUCGAUAGCGGAGUCACCGUGUGGAGCAGGCUUCCACGAUUUAUCCAACAACCAGCCGCUGAUUUUGAAGAGUUCUAAUUUUGGCACCGGUAAUUAUCUCCCCAACAGCAGAUGCAUGUGGAUUUUGGAGGUUCCAGCAGGAAAAACUAUCAACAUCGAGUUCCUUGAUUUUAAACUGCAAGAUUACAGUGAUGAGCGAGAGGAAUGUCCCGAUCGGGUGGAAUUUUUCGACACGAAUGUGAAAUCAAUUGUAUACGAAGGCCUCGGCGAGGACGUGUUAUUCAGAGGCAAAUCAACCUUCUCUAAAACAGCGUCAUUCUAUCAUGGCACUCGUAACCCAAAUGGGCAUCACAUCUAUUGUGGCGACUCAACACUUCCCUCCGUUUAUCAUUCUUCAUCGAACAAAAUCUAUGUUCGAUUUGAGAGCGAUGCUUCGGUCGAAAACAAGGGCUUCCGGUUGAGCGCCCAGCAGAAUUAUGUUUGCAGUAGAAACUUCACGAGAUUGCAGGGUCGCAUCAGCAGUUUUUAUAUGAACAAACAGGAAGAUUGCACGGUUUCCAUCCAAGUGCCCGAAAACUAUACAAUUGCGUUGUUCUUCACAAACUUUUUCGUUUAUUAUACCAAAUGUGACAAACAAGCGAUCAAAAUUUACGAUGGUUUAGGAACAGAUAAACUGUUGGCGUCGCUAUGCCAACAUGCCUUGCCAAAUCCAAUAUUUUCGGAGGGAAAUGCGAUCCGGAUUAAUAUUCCCCGAGAGGGAGCAGACUAUGGGUCAAGCACAUUCGACAUAACAUAUGUUGCAACCGAUCAAGGAAGGGGGUGUGGAGGAGAGCUAUUCAAUUAUGGAGGAGUUUUCAGCAGCCCGUUGUAUCCCAACAACAAUCGAACGAGAAUCGAGUGCAUUUGGACAAUUUCCGUUCCCAAUAAUAUGCAGGUUGCGUUGAAGUUUGAUACUUUCGAUAUGGGCAGCAAAACAACGUGUGGAACGGAUUAUGUACAACUGUUGGAGACGAGAGGGGACACGAGAAGAGUUGUGCGGCAGCAUUGCGGCGGAGAGACUCCGGCCAUUUUCAGAAGUGAAGGCAGCGUGAUGCAGGUGUUGUACAAACAGACUCAGAACUUUGGGGGCACCGGCUGGCUGGCGAAGUUUAUGGCGGUCGAAAAGGGGGCUCAUGUGACUGAAUGGUAAUCUAUUUAUUAGGUAUAUAUCAUAUUUUUAUAUUGAACUAACAAAUUAGUUUCCGAAAAUAAAACGAAAACGACAGGCUAUCAUAUUCAAAUAUUCAAUGUUAUGUUGCAGAAGUCAUAAGAAGAUAUACAAUAAAGCAUGUUUCAAAAAAUAUACAACAUUCCAAGUUGUUACCUACAAAACGUCUUUGAUUAAAAAUUAUACCUAAAUCAUA